CUUAAUAUAUUUAAUAACGUUCAUCCAUCAAUUAACUUUACAUCAGAAGAUGAACAGAAUAAUAGCAUAUCUUUUCUAGAUGUCCAACCAACUAGAAGAACAAACGGAACUAUAAAAAGAAAGGCACACAGAAAGUCAGCAGCAGGUCAAUACACUCAUUUCCACAGUGCAGUUCCAAUCAGAUACAAAAGGAACUUGAUAAAGAUCUUGGCACAUCGUGCUAGAAUGAUUUGUUCUGAAGACACCAUUGAAGAUGAAUUGAACAAUAUUCGGAACCUACUCAGUCUGAAUGGGUACCCAAUGAAAUUCAUCGAAAAACAUAUAACGGAAUAGAAAAUAAGGACAAAAAUACCCACCGUCCCCAAGAAGGUAUUAUUCAUAAUACUACAAUUCAUAAAUGACACCAUUGAAGAAGUCAUGACUCAGAAACUAAGAAAAGCUGUACAAAAAACAUUUAAUGCUGCCAAAUUAAAUAUCAUCUUCUACAACCACCCGAAAAUAGGAACAUCCAUUAAAGACAGACUGCCAGAAUUCGCCAAAUCUAUGUGUAUCUAUCGUUUCAACUGCUCCUGUGGAGCCAGUUGCAUAGGGCGUACGAUUCGACAGGUCCGUCACCGCGUUAAAGAAUAUCAUCCAACAUGGCUAAGCAAAGGACAGGUGAAAGUGAUUAAAAGUUCUAUUCUCUCUCACCUGGUUGACACAGAUCAUCAAGUCGAAGUGAAUAAAGCUUUUAAGGUUACCUACAAUAUUCCAUGAAAUCUACCACAUGGUUUACGAGUGCGCCUUUUGCACAUUGCGGGAGCCAUCGCAAUCCAUGUUCACAAACCUGACUUUUGCAUCCAAAAGAAAUUCGUACAACCACUUUCUCUGCCCUGACCUUCAGCAUAAAAUUUCCGUCAGAAGAACUAUUUUCCAUACUUCUUCCAUUUUUAUUUUAUUUUUUAAAUUUUUUAAUUUUGUUUCUAUUGCUUUUGAGCCUUAUAACUUCUCAACACUCAUCUCUUGAUUCUUACGUAACUACUAUUCGAUUGACCAUCCGUUCAAAUUCUAUUCCUUUUUUGUUUCUUAUAUUACGCAACAUAGCAACUCCUUGAUUACUUUGAAUAGUAAUAAUCUUCUUUCUUCCAAUUACUCAAUGUUAACUUAACUAUCAUUAUGUAAUUAUUGCGUAACGUAUCCACUCGAUGAGUAUUAUAUUAUUAUUGUAAAACAUAUAUAUAUUAGUGUAGAGCCAUGAUGAAAAUCUAAUUGAAAAGAAAUUUCUUCGCUCAAUUCGUUCCUUCUUUAUUUACCAUAUGGCAAAAUGGGAAUUUUCACUAAAUUCAAGAAUUAACUCAAUAAUGCUUGUUGUUUGAUUCUAGUUCUUCUAAAGUUAUGUCGUAUCGUACACUGGCAGCUUCAAAUCGCCAUCAUAUAACUAUGAACGACUCACCAUGUUAGUAGUUUGCUUUAUACCAAGUUUAUGAUACCAAUCGGUUGGAUUAAUUGCUUAAAUCUGCAGUCUACAAACAGCUACCAAUAUCCACUUUCAACACCACCAUAAUUAAGGACCUAAAUUAGAUGCGAAAUUCUUAACGCUCACCUUUCCAUUAAACUCUGAUUAUGGUCUAUUUUUGACUUCGUAAACGGUGAAUUUCACCAGCCUGAAUUAAUGUUACAAAUAACCACAUUGAGCCUACUAGGCAUUCACACAGGUUGUCAGCAACAAACAUGUCAAACUGCUAAUAGACUGCAAUAAAUGUCAUGUAACAAGCAAAAAAAUGCGAAAAUUAUUGUGAGAUGGAAAGAAAACUGUUUAUACCUGAUAAAUAACGACAUCCCAAAAUCCCCGAUAAUAUGUUACAUGUGCGCGAAAACCCAUGGUGUAACAGCCCGACUGUGCAGUAAUAACCUAAAUAUAUAUUGACUAACAACGUAAGCAACGACUGAAUGGUUAUCUGGAGCUAAUUCUUUGUUCACCUAACGUUUCAAUCUGUUUUAAACUAUGCACUGUCCUGUGAUAUCUUUUCUUCCGACCAUUUCCUACCUAAUUUCCAAUUUGUGAGUUCCAUUGCCAAACAGCGAGGACCCUAAUCCAAAAACUUACGGUGAGUUUAAUCUAUAAAGUUUCUGCAAUCAUAAGGUAAUUUUAGAUGGUGCACGCAAACACAGACACACAAUUAUCUGGAUUUAUUCAGUUGUUCUGAUUCCUGUGAAUGACGAAAAGUUCAACGGCACUAAGCACUCUGGAAUUAGUUGCCAUACUGUUUGUCUUAUUCUGGAUGCUUUUGGAUUGUCACUACUCGUCACGAAUGGCCUUAUAUAUGUCGUCUAUUGAAUCUAAUUAUCGAAAAUAAUACAGGCGAGUUUAAUUAUUUUACUGGAUGAUUUUUCGUACUUAACAUGUAAAUGUUUUCCAGUUGUUUUUUCCACAUAUGUGUAAAUGUCACUAGGCUCAAUGCAGGAAAUUCCUAUGGAAAGUUCAUAACGCGCCAUAUUCCUGCCCGGAGUUUCAUCAGCAGUCCCAACUUUGAAAUUAUUUUUCUGGCCAUGUUUAGUAUUUUUAAAUUGUCAUGUACCUCAACAACUUGCAUUGUAAACUGACCCAUACAUGCGUCGCAUUAGAUGUCUGUUUUUUAAAGUUAAAAAUCAUUUGAAUCGCAUUUAACAUUUUUCAACAAACCAAUCUUAGUUAAUAUAAGUGCACGUAUUUUGAGUUUAUGAAUCGGUCUCUCAUAUUAGUUGCCUAAAAAGACGAACACGGUCACGAAAUCUGAGUAUUAUCAUACUGCAUAGUUUAAUAACUAAGCCAUCAGGUAAUUGCUGGUCAAACACACAAGAAAGCUGCAAACUUGACUUACUUGGACGCCCUCACGGUGACUCCAGACACUACUCGGAUCAAGGUACCCUAAACAACUCUUUGGUCUCCCAAUUCGACCUACUCAGCACCCCAUUGUUUUCAUCUCUCCCCCUCGGAGAAAUUGCUAUGGGAUGUUCACACUUUCGAGACCACCCUCUUUAUAUUCAGACUUAAUGGGAGGAACAAGUAGGCAGGAAUCAAUACCAGUCGAACAAGAGCAGAGAAAGCCAAGACACAAGCUGAAUACACAGAAGUAAACAAACAAGUGAAGAGGAGCAUCAGAACUGACAAACGUAAAUAUGUGGAAGAUUUAGCAACGACGGCGGAAAAGGCUGCAAGAGAAGGAAACAUGAGACAAUUGUAUGACACGACAAAGAAACUCUCUGGACAUCGCCGCAAACCAGAACGACCAGUGAAAAGCAAAGAAGGCAAGGUAAUCACUAACAUUGAAGAGCAACAAAACAGGUGGGUAGAACACUUCAAAGAACUCUUGAAUCGAUCAGCCCCACUGAAUCCACCCAACAUCGAAGCAACACCCACGGACCUCCCAAUCAAUGUUGGCCCACCAACAAUUGAAGAAAUCAGCAUGGCCAUCAGACAAAUCAAGAGUGGCAAAGUAGCAGGACCGGACAACAUCCCAGCAGAGGCACUAAAAGCAGACGUAGCGGCAACUGCAAGGAUACUCCACAUUCUCUUCAAUAAGAUUUGGAAUUAGGAACAAGUACCAACAGACUGGAAAGAAGGACUUCUGAUCAAAAUACCGAAGAAAGGCGAUCUCAGCAAGUGUGAUAAAUACAGGGGCAUCACUCUUCUCUCAAUACCGGGAAAAGUC